CCUUGUGUUCAUCCUCACUUUCAUCGGACACCGAAUCCUUCACUGAAGGUCCUUCAGGCUUCGAUGGUUCCAGUGGAUCGGAUGAAUCACUCAGCCUUGCUAGUUGUCCACCACCCCAUACUAUAGAUGGUGAACCACAAGUCACUAUGUAUAAGAAACCACAUGAUUUCAACGAUAAUGAUGAUUAUGCACGCUAUGUGAGGGAUAAUAUCACUAUAGGGAUGAUGGUAUGUUGUUGUCGUACAUACGAGGAGGUGGAGGAAGGUGAUAUUGGGCAAGUAUUAAGGUUGGAUAAAGAUGGAAUACAAGACCUUAAUGUACAAGCAUCAUGGAUUAAUAAAGGGGGAACAUAUUGGGUCCGUUACAUCCAUGUUGAACUGAUAGCGAGCCCAUCAGAUGGUGCGUUACCUUCUACAAGCCAAACGAGGACCAUUAAAGUUGGAGACAAGGUGCAAGUAAAGCGAUCAAUCACGAUCCCUCGUUAUAAAUGGGGGUCGGUGAAGCACGACAGCGUUGGCACGGUAACACACUUCUCGGCCAAUGGGAAGGACGUUACGGUUGACUUCCCCCAACAACCCCAUUGGACGGGACUUUUGUCGGAGAUGGAGUUACUGCCGGUGGCUCACGAUAAUAUCCCCUGUAAUAGUUGCCAGGUGUCGCCCAUAGUUGGCCCUUUAUACAAGUGUGGUGUCUGCCCUGACUUUAACAUGUGUGGCAGUUGUUUCCUUACGUGUCCCCACGCCACACCGCGCCAUACCUUCAACCUUAUAUCUGAGCCUGGUGCACCUCGUGUCCAUGUUGGGCCAUCACGUGUUGCACCAGUGGCACGACAACGCCGACGACCGCGCACAUUCAAUGCAGAAGUGGCAUCUGAACAAGUGCAUUCACUAGAACCCAGUACGGUGUUUGACAAUGACUUCCGUAAGUCGAUAUCGGACAUAGAGGUCUCAUCAUCCAAGUGUGACUGGUUCCACCUAGUGGACGGAAACAACGAGACAUAUUGGCAAUCAUCGGACGCAAGUGGUCAGCACCAUAUAACGGUUUCUAUGCAACCUAACAGACUUGUACAACUACUAAGCUUGGAGGUUGAUCCCCUAGACGACCAUUAUCUUCCGUCCAUCAUCUCGGUGUCCGGAGGAUCCGCUCUUCACGAUCUACACGAGUUAAAGAUGAUCAACGUGCGCCCAACAUCCAAGAACAUCCUCCUGUUAUCCGACUCCCUUCUUCAUCAUCCUUAUAUUCAAAUCUUCAUCCAUAAAUGUUACAAGUCAGGCAUCAACUGCAGGAUCAGAGGGUUGCGAGUUCAAACCCGGGCCAUGGAAGCAGUGGUCGUACCCCGUCCUUUAUCUGCUUCCAACUCCGCUCACUCUUAUCUUGCUUCGGAAACUGAGGAUGAUAAUAAUGUACUGGAUGGGGUCAAACCUCGAAGCAAACGAAAGUCCCGCAAAAGUUCCAGCAAAAAAGAUUGCGCUGCUAAAGUAUUUGUGUGGGGGCUUAACGAUAAGGAUCAACUAGGAGGUUUGAAAGGUUCCAAACAUAAGACACCAGUUGCAUCAAAAGAUCUGCAGAGAUUGAAAGUUACUCAAGUUAUUGGGGGGUCAAAAAGUUUGUUUGCUGUCACUAUGGGUGGGAAGGUAUACGCAUGCGGGGAAUCCACAAGUGGAAGAUUAGGGUUGGGGCCGGUCACUGGGAGCGUUUCAAGACUCACUCAAGUAUUAUUUCCACAACCCAUCAAGAAGCUGGCCGUGCAUUCAGGUGGUCGUCACGCGAUGGCGCUAACGUACGAUGGCCAUGUAUAUUCAUGGGGAGAUGGGGAGGAAGGAAAACUCGGUCAUGGAAGUAGAGCGGAUGCUCUUACACCUCGGAAGAUUGAGACCUUCCCUGAGAAGUGCAUACGCGAUAUAUCAUGCGGCAGUUCACACAGCGCUGCUAUUGGUUCAUCCGGUACCUUGUAUACAUGGGGGCAUGGGAUGUAUGGGAGAUUGGGACAUGGGAAUAAUCAUACUCUGCUCAAACCUAAACCGGUUCAAGCCUUGAGUGGCCAACAAGUGGUUCAAGUCGCAUGUGGCAGCAGAGAUGCACAAACAUUGUGUUUAACACAGGAUGGGUUGGUUUAUUCAUGGGGUGAUGGUGACUUUGGCAAGCUAGGUAGAGGGGGUAGUGAUGGUUGUUGUGUGCCCAAACCUGUGGAGAGACUCAGUGGGCAAGAUGUUGUUAAAAUAGAAUGUGGGGCUCAAUUCUCCCUUGCAUUAUCAAGAUGUGGGCUGGUAUGGACUUGGGGUAAAGGGGAUUAUUUUCGACUCGGCCACGGAUCUGACCAGCAUGUACGGCGCCCACAAGUGGUGGAGGGAUUACGUGAACAUAAAGUGGUUGAUGUCGCUGUUGGGGCGCUGCAUUGCCUCGCUGUUACUGAGGGCGGGCAGGUAUUUGCAUGGGGAGACAACGACCAUGGACAGCAAGGUAAUGGGGGAACCACAGUAAAUAGGAAACCAAUGAAGGUACAAGGGUUGGAAGGAGUGAAGAUUACUAAACUGGCAUGUGGUUCAAGUCAUAGCAUUGCAUUUGCCGAUACAAGCCACGAAGCUCAAACCUUCGAAGCGAUUCAGUUUCAUGAAAACAUCGACAAACUUGGUUCAAGUUACAUCAAGAAGUCCAUGAAGCAGAAGAAGCAUCACCAACACACCACCUCAUAUGAUGAUAAAUCACGUGUUCCACAUAUUCGAUCGAAACAAUUAUCAACAAGAGGAAGCUUGGUGCAAAUUCUGCUUCCAGUUUUAACUGGGAACACUGGAAACCAAGCAUUACAGCAUCUCAUGAAUGCUAUGCAGAUAUACUUAGCAAGGUCCCUGCUAGCUUAUGCCCUCACACCUUCCACGUCAUUAUCUCCAUCCUUGGUGUUCUGCCCACCAUUGGAGAGUAAUCAAGAAGUUCAAGUGAAAGAUGGGAACGCACAUAGUGAGAUUGCGUCAGAACCUUGUUGUUCAUCCUCCAUUCGAGCAUCAAUGAGCGUCCACUCUGCAUCCGAGAUUUCAUCCUUGGUUGCCGAAACUAUCACCACUCCCGAGGAGAUUGCUCCUCCCACUCCUAAGAAGGAUCUUAGUGUGGAUGCGGGGGAGAAGAUGGAGGGAGGGAGGAUAAAAGAGGAAGAUGAGAGAGUUUACUCCGAUUUUGGGGAGGAUAGCAUGGAGGGGUUGCUUGAUUUAUUGAAACUAUCUGUAUCUGGCCGAAUGCCAUUCAAGGAUGUCAAGUCAAUAUCGGGUAUUCUUACUUCUAUUGUCAAGUCAAAGGCAAAGAUGGGAUCAUUACUAUUAGAGAGAUCUAUAUCGGAGUUAGAGCAAGUAACGAACAGUGUUGAAUCGUUGUCGGCCGAUAUGAAGCCGUUAGUUAAAGAAAGCAACCAUCCCUACCCUGAUGAUGAGGAAACAGAAGGCAAAGUUAAGAUACAAGGUGCGCAUUCCUUACGAGUUGUAUUUGAUCGGCAAUGUUCCACCGAACGUAGACAUGACACGCUCACUUUCACUGAUGUUACUGGAGCUAAAACAUUCGCCGUGUUAUCAGGAAGGGACUGGUCUGAUUGGUCGCAAUCAAUCAAACUCCCAACCAAUGAAUUUAGAUGGAAAUUCAAAAGUGAUGGCUCGGUCAAUGGGUGGGGUUGGAAGUUCACUGUGUACCCCAUAGCGCCCCUUAGUGGGGCAACAAGUGACGACACAUCCAUGAGCGAUCGACGAUUGUUAAACAACCCAUCUUUUCCAUUCGUGACGCACUUGUUUGAAAUAUACCAGGCUGCCGAGAAGGAUUCCGAUCGUUCCGUUUGUUUCAAAUCUGUGGAGAAAGUCGUGGAGGCUUUCACUGCUUGUCUUAAUUAUAAUUGCUUUGGAUCUGACCAACGUAUCUGGUUGUUGAAGCAAAUCAAAUGGAUGGCCAUGUAUCGUCGAUCAACCAUGAAGCUACAAACAUUAUUUGAGGAAAGUAGUUCAACCGGAACGCAUCAUGUGACUGAUAAUGAACCUCUCAAGAAAGUGUUGUCACAAAUGUUGCAACUGCAGUACGAAUAUGAGGGACCAUUAGUGAGAACGGGGAAACAUCUUCUGUACAGUCCUUUCUUCACAGAAUUAUCUUCUUUAUGCUGCGAACUUAAAAUUGAUGAAUUUAUCGCGAAGAAGGAAACACAAAUGACAAGUUUCAACCAAUAUUGCCUUGUAUCGAGAACAAUGGAUGCUCUGCUUAAACAUAAGCCUUUCCCGUACCAGUUCAUUGAGCUAGUGAGGUUGAAGAUAGAGGAAGUGUGUGGUGAAGAUGAAGACACAAGCAUGAACCAGUAUGAGGAUAACACAUACUUUACACACCAGAUAGAUGAACAACUGGUUACUUGGAUUAACAAACGACCCGAUGAUUGGACGUUAUCCUGGGUUGGCAGUGGGUCCAUAUUUGGGUGGGGGCAUAACCAUAGGGGGCAACUUGGGGGUCCAGAGGGGGCUAAGGUGAAGAUCCCGAUCCCCUGCCCCUCCCUCGCUGCAUUAAAACCCAUACAGUUAGUGGGUGGGGAACAAACCUUGUUCACUGUGACUGGUGAAGGAAAGGUGUUUGCAACAGGCUAUGGUGCUGGGGGAAGACUUGGUAUUGGUAGCAACGAGUCGGUUGCUAUUCCUACUCUAAUUGAAUCUAUACAGCAUGUCCAUAUUACACAGGUAAGAUGGUGGUUUUGUUUGGGUUAAAGUUAUAUUUAAACAAGAGGUUGA